AUUUUUAUUUCUACGCAGUAUUACUGUUAUGCAACAGUAAAUAUUGCAACCACGCCAAGGACUUAUGUUUUAUCGUCACACGUGCAGUUUAUAUUUAUCCCAGCAUCUGGCACAGGAAACGGAAGUUUAUUUAAAAACGAUUACCUAUAAUGCAGUCAGUGACCAUGGGCUUCCGAAGGCUGAUGACAAACUUCCGUGGCUACAGUCCUGUCACCAAAUUCAGAAACGUAGUGAAAGUAGCAUUCAGUGACAAAUAUUUAUUAUAUACAAAUGUUACAAUCUCCUUAAGUUUAUCAGCAUUAGGAGAUAUUGCAGAACAGAGUUAUGAACUAUACUGCAAAGAUUUACAAUGCUAUGAUUCCAAACGGACUUUACAUAUGGCAUGUUCUGGAGUUGCCGUGGGGAUUUUGUGUCACAAUUGGUACAAAGUUUUAGACAAAUUUAUCAUAGGAAAAACUUUUGAUAUGGUUGUUAAGAAGCUGCUCCUUGAUCAGUUUAUAUUCUCUCCUAUAAUGAUUGUGACUUUCUUUGGAAGUUUGGCUUUGUUUGAGGAGCAUCCGUUAGAAAAUUUUAAAGAAGAAGUCAAAGGUAAAUUUGUUACUCUUUAUCAAGCAGAAUGGGUUGUGUGGCCCCCUGCACAGAUCAUUAACUUCUAUUUUCUUCCUACUAGGUACAGAGUACUAUAUGACAAUACCAUAUCAUUAGGAUAUGACAUAUACACCUCACAAGUCAAACAUGGUAAGGGAAAGAAAAUAUUUUUAGACAGUAAUGGCAAAAAACCAGACUCGUCUUGAUGAUUGCCAUCAUUUUCCAGUACAAUUUACAUACUCGUGUAAUUACUUAAUUAGUAAAUUUAAGUAUCGUUCUUUAAGUCUACUUGCGUCAUUCGUGGUUACCUGUACUGAAAGCGAUGCUGUGAUAAUCAACAAAUAAAUAUGACAAAUACAUAUCUAUUAUUUAUUAUUUAACACUUUGUAUGCCAAGAACUCUUAAAGGUAUCAUGAUAUUUAUGAUAUUUCGAGUCUAUAGCGCUGAAGUAACGACAUACCUUAUACGCUCUAUCCGUCGGAAGAGCAUAGAAAAAUAAUUACUCACGGCACCUUUAAAAGUUCUCGGUAUAAAAGUGUUUUAAGUGACUUGCAAUGUUUGUAGUGAAUUUAUUUGUAUGUAUUAUAUAUCAAUUAUACAUAUUGUUAUAUA